AUGGAGAAUUUUACAGAGGUUGUGUCUUUUGUGCUGGCAGCUUAUGGGACUAUUGGAGAGUUAAAAUACCUGUAUUUCACAAUAAUGCUAUUAUGGUACCUCUCCAUAUGUGUGGCCAACACAGUCCUUAUCAUGGUCAUAUUUUUGGACAAAAGGUUGCACGAGCCGAUGUAUAUAUUAUUAUGUAAUUUGUUUGUGAAUGAAAUAGGGGGCAGCACAGCACUGUAUCCUCUUUUGCUAACACAGAUGUUUUCAGACACCCAUGAAGUGACCCUGCCGUGGUGUUUUCUGCAGAUGUGUUGUAUCUACACAUCUGCCUCUGUUGAGUUUUGUAGUUUAGCAGCCAUGGCCUAUGACAGAUAUGUUGCUAUCUGUUGUCCUUUACACUACAAUGUCAUAAUGAAAACAGGGAGAGUAGCUAUAAUCAUUCUGCUUGUAUGGAUGUAUUCAUUUGUUAAUAUCACAUUUGCAUUCUCAUUCAUCAUCCGUUUGAAAUUCUGUGGAAAUCUCAUUGACAAAGUGUUUUGUGACCACCACUUGAUAAUUAAACUCGCAUGUUCAGUUUCAGUACUCAACAAAAUAUCUGACCUGCUUUUUGCCUUUGUGACUAUUGUUAUUCCAUUUAGUCUGAUUUCAGUCUCUUACAUGAAGAUUUUGGCUGUUUGUCUGAAUACCUGGAAAGAAAACAAGCAAAAAACAAUCUCCACCUGCACACCUCAGCUUGUCUCAGUUUCAAACUUGCUUGUCGGCUGCAUUUUUCACUUUGUUGAUUCCAGGUUUGAUGUGGCCCAUGUACCGGAUAAAGUACGCAUCAUUUUAUCUGUGUAUAUCCUCGUUUGCCAACCAAUGGUCACCCCCUUCAUGUAUGGAUUUAACCUACCUAAGAUAAGGCAAUCGUGUAAAAGAUUUCUAUUUGAGACAAAAUAA